AUGAAAAUUGAGCAAGGAAGCGUUCACGGAGUGUACGAAUUCAUCAAACUCCUUGAUACAACAGACACCUAUGAACUUUGGAAAGCCAGGAGCACAAAAUUGAUGCCUUUUGUUCUAAUCAGAGUUCUUCCAAAGCAAUACAUUGACCAUAAUCGCUACGGAGAGGAAAUAAAAAUCCAUAGCUUGGCUAACUUUCCAUUCACAUCAAAAUUCUAUCAGUACUUUGAAGAAGGAGAAUUGACUUUUGUUGUGAUGGAGUAUUUGAAUGACGAAAACCUAGAAGAAUAUAUUUCAAAUAACAGUAAGAUUAAUGAAGAGCAAGCUAGAAUAUGGUUCUCUCAGAUAAUUUCCACCUUGAACUAUUUAGAUACUCAAUUUCAAGUUUACCACGGAAAUCUUGAAGCGUGUUGCUUUUCUCUUGCAGACUCAAAUGCCCUCAAACUAUUCGACUUUGAAUACUGCCAUUACUUGGACAGCUCAGUAAAAUGUAUGACUUCAAGGUGUCAUCCAUUCUAUCUUUCACCAGAAGAAAUAAAGAAUGAAUCUAAUCCACUCGCUACAACAGUUUGGAGAUGUGGUGUAAUCCUUUAUCGUAUGCUCACAGGCGCAUAUCCCUUUGAAGAUGACAGUAGCUCAGAAUUGUUUACAAAUAUACUUUCAAUGAAACCGAUUAUUCCCUCUCAAAUUUCAAAUGAUGCUAAGAAUCUUUUGACCAGAAUGCUAACAAAAGCUACUUAUGAGAGAAUAACGUUCGAGGAGAUCAUGGAACACCCAUUCUUCGUAAAAGUUCCUAUUGUUACUUUACCGUCCUCCGAUGCUCACAUUAAGAGCGAUAUUUUGAGACAGCUAGAACGCGUUGGAUACAACAAAGCUGAUGUCGUUGCAGAUCUAAAAGCUAAGCUGUUUACUGAGAAGACAGCUGCAUAUAAUAUCCUUCUAGUGGAAGGAAACUAUGAUGAUGAGUCCGAUGCAAGCAUAGAAUACAACAAUGCUCCUCUCAAGAAAUCAGCUUCUGCAUCUGCUUUCCAAAUCAUUACCCAGCCAAAAUCACCUAAUUCACUUAUGAAUAAGAUGAAAUUGAGACCUGUUGUACCUGGACGUAGUAUUCCUAUAAUUCCACAAAGGAGAAGCCGUUCUAAUAGCUUCCAUGCGGUUAAUAACUUCUAUCAUGUUGAAUAA